GAGUUUGUUUAGGGAAUGUCUACAAACGUCUGUCUCUGUCUGCAGGAGGAGGAGCCGGGUUCACUUCCGCUGUCUCUCAGCGUUUCUGACUAUCUCACCCCGUCAUGGUCUCUCUCGCCCUCCUCCUCGCCUCUCUCUCACUCUGAGGCCAGCGACUCGGACCGAGAGGAAGAUGAAGAGGAGGAAGACGAUGACGAUGAUGACGACGAUGAUGAAGAUGAGCUCGAGGAACUGAGAGGCCGUAUGAUGAGACGCCGCAAGAAACAGAAAACCUCCGCCACUGUGAAGAAAAAGGCAGCACCCAGGACCCAGCCCCGCCCCCUGUCCUUCACUUGCCCCGCCCCUUCUUCAUCUUCUCCCUUCCAGCAGUCUUUGACCACACCCACGACAAACAUAAACAAUAACAUAAACAUUAACAUCGGGCACGGCUCGAGCGGCUCGCUCUCCCGCCGUCAGCACUGUCCGUACUGCGGACGUCACUUCCGCUCGCUGGCGCGUCAUCUGGAGAAACAUCACGACCAGCAGCCGGAUGUGCGAGCUGCCAUGGAGCUGUCUCACCUCCAGACGCCCUCACCGUUCUCAUCUCCCGCUCAACCCUCGUCCUCUUCCGGACCCUCGCUGUUUUCCCGCGAGCACGAAUCCCUUUCCUCGACGCCUAAACCCGGAGCAGUAUCAUUCUCUCUGGCGCUGGCUCCGCCUCCUCUCACAAACACCCCCAAAAAGACUUCAGCGACAGCGAGUAAAAAAGGCCCGACGCCUGCCGCCCGCGCUGUCAAGACCCCGCCUGUCACGCCCAAGCCCCCCGCCAGGAGAGGACGACCUCCAAAGAGAGAGAAAGCAGAGCAACAGAAGAAACACGAGGAGGUGAAGGUCGCCCAGGAUGAAGCUCCUCCCACUCCAGGUCAAAAGGAGAAUGAAGAAGUCACGAGAGGUGAUGGACGUGAAGACCAGAAGAGCGCUGACAUGGAGAGCAGCUGUCCGCGGUCACACACGUCUCCUCUUCUCUCCUCUCUCUCUACACUGGUUCUGUAUCUCCGGCGACAGCAGCACACUUCUUUUCUCUCUCUCUCUCGCUCUCCGGGCUCGGCCGAGGCCUGGCGUCUGCUCUGUCAUUCCAGUUUGGCUCUUCUGAUCCUGUACAACCGUCACCGCGAGUGCGAGGUGGCCAAACUCACCAUACAGGACUACCGUAACCGCUCUGGCCCCUCCUCUCCCUCGCCGCUGGAGGCGUCUCUUUCGCCGUUCGAACGGCACGUUCUGUGUCACCUCGCCCGGGCGGGAGUGUUGGGCAAGCGCGGACGCGUUCAGCCCCUCGUCCUUCCUCCUCAUUCCGAGGCGUGUCUGGAUCUUCUCCUGAAGACCUCGGCGGACGUGGGCGUCGAUCCGGAGAGCCCGUACGUCUUUUCCAGGCCGUACCACUCGCCGGCCACACCACUCCGCGGGACGGAUCUCCUCCGGGGUCUGGCACGCUCCAGCAAUGCUAAAAAUCCCACUGCGCUCACUGCGCCUCGCGCUCGCUGUCAGGUGGCCAUCUUCACUCAGCUCCUCCUGCUGGAGGAGGGCGAACGGCCCACGGGCGCGGCCGCCAAACGACUGGAAGAAUUCCUACAGAGGGAGUAUCACGUGACUCAGAACUGCUCUCGGAUUGGUCAGGACCCGGGGCUGAUGAGUGGGGUGGGGCGGGUGGUGCUAUACGGACAGAGAGAUGGGGUGCUGUUCAGAGGAAUGAGUCUUCAGCACAUCUGUCUUGAACUGGACGUGAUGUCAGGAAAAUCUGCCGACUCGUUCUCUGAUGAUUCUGACGGAGAGGGCGGCAAGAAUAAACACAGAGCUCAGGUGAAAAAGAAGGGUGGGUCCAAAGGUCGAGUGCCACGCCCCAAAAAAGGCUCACCGGCCACGCCCUCACCGUCAGCUGCACACAAGAGGCGGAGCUCACAGGUGAAAUCAGGUAAGCGUGGCGUUCUGAAGCGGCCCUGGUCUGAAGCCGAGCGGGUCGCCGUGGAAACGCACCUGAAGCAGAACAUCGUGGAUCUGAGGGUCCCAGCGAAGGCAGACUGUGAGCGCUGUCUGCAGCACUGCCCCCUGCUGGUGUCCAACCAGCGCGACUGGAGGGCCAUUAAAUUCUACUGUCACAACCGCAUCCAGUUACUGAAGAAACAGGGCCGAAGAGACGGAAACAUCAGCGCUGUCUGCUAACACAACACCUCAACAAGCAUCUCACUCACAUGCAAAUCAAUAUAAUACAAACCCUCACACUUAAAGGGACAGUUCACCCAAAAAUGAAAAUUCUGUCAUCAUUUCCUCACCUUCGAGUUGUGGGAGUCUAUGGGGGUCGAGAUCUGUCUGGUUAUGAGCAUUCUUCCAAAUAUCUUUUGGAACAACUCGAAGGGGAGGAAAUGAUGACAGAAUUUUCAUUUUUGGGUGAAGGAUCACUUUAACACCAGUCACACGAAGAAGUGUGAUGUGUUUGGGCGAGUUGUUGUUUUGCGUCUGUGAGCGUUAUAUAUUCAGCACAGCAUCCAUCGGAGGACGCGUGAGCUUCAGUAUUCACACAGCUCUGGAUCUUUUUUCUCUCAGUUUGACAGAGUUUGGGUUUCAGAGCGAGACGUCAGUGAUUCUGCCUCGUCACAUGUGAACACGUCUGGCUCAUAUUUUCCUCCAUUAAAUCACACGUCAGUGUUCUCAUGACUGUCACUCAUACAGAAACAAUACAGUAUUUUUUCUCAACAGAGACAACAUAACAAAGAUGUGUAAAUAGUUGAAUAUAAAUCCAAACACACAUUUCACAUUCCAGUAUAGUGUUGCGCGCUGUCAUUAUAAAACAGCCUUCGUGUUUUUGUUUUUAACGUCACGUGUGUGUGUGUUUGAUGGGUGACAUAUGAGGCAAAUGUAUUUCUGACCUCAUGCAUCUGAAAAGGUUUGUUGCCUUAAUAUUUGAAGAUUUUAUUUCCAAAAUGAGAAAAAAAAUCAUGUUUUUUAUUGUGCAUUCUAAUUAAUAUCAAUCAAACUGCAGUUGGUUUGUUUUGAUUUAAGACCUAAUAACUCGGAGAUUACAGCUAACAUUAAAAAACAUGAUCUUAAAAACGGAGUUUUGUCAUUUUGGAAGCAAACUCUUCAUUUCUUUUCUCGUAUAUAAUCAGAUUCUUGGUUGUAAAUGGGGCAGCUGAUGUUUAUUAUUUUCGGACCUCGCUUUAUUUUCAUCUGCGUCAGCACAAGUACGUCGUGUUGUUUUGUGACCUGACGUCCGGCGGGCUCGAGUCGGUUUUAUAUCUGUAUAUUCACACACGCCAUCUCUCUGUUCUGUGUACAUUGAUGUAUUGUAAUGAUGUUAGACUUUAGACAUGUUUCUGGACUGAUGUUGUACAUUCUGUAAAUAUUGAUUGACUUAUAUAAAAGAACCACAUUUUAACGUCGUUGUUGUUUUUUAACUGCUGUCGUAAAGGUCCAUCAGAGACCGAUGAUAUCUUGUACAAUACAGACGUUCAUGUCACAUCACAAAAGCGUCUUUAUUUGCCUUUUGGAUUGUUGUUCUUUUAUUAAAUGACUAACAUGUGAAAGAUCAGACGUGAUGACGGUGAUGUUUUUCAGAAGAGCUGUUAGAGUUUCGAGUUAAGUUGUUUGAAUUUUUAGUUUCACUGAAUGUCUUCUUGGUCAGCGGCCUUCUUACCGAGUCAGAAGUGGACAUGUGUUCUGUUACUCAAUAACUAGACCUGGGUCCGUCUGUGAUUAAACUUUAACAGACAUGAAACACAUAGAAACUGUCAAUGACAAAGACACACCUGAACCGAACUACUGAACUGAGACCAGCAACAAAACCAAACUCGCCUGUUAAACAAUACGACUCACAGUCUUGCCUAACAUGUGUUUCAAUAUAAAAGUCACAAUAUUACAGUAUAUUUUGGCUGAAAUGAUGUUUAGCUAUGUUUUGUAUUUAUAUUGUGUUUCUCUUUUAUAAUUGUUUCAUAUUUUGUGUUUAAUAGACUCUUAAAUGACAUGCCAAAUUGAUGUUUUUGCUUUCUCAACAUUAACAGUUUCAUUUUCACUAGUAAAGCAGCUUUUUGUUAAGGAUCGUGUCUCUACAGAAGCUUGUCUCUGAUUAUUAAGGUAAGAAUGACACAUCUUUAGAGACGAACACUGCGACAGCACAUGUUUAAGUGUGACUGAUCUGUUUCUACAGGACAUCACAGAUUCAGCCUCGUCUCUGCUCAUCUUCAACAGGUAACAUCAUCAUUCAUUCAUCUAAACAUGCCAGUUGAUUACUUUUAGAAAUACGAGGGAAAGCUAUCAUUUCAACCAUAAAUACACUUGAGGUGUAGAUUGUGUGGUGAUAUUUCAGUUGUGUUGAUUCAAAGAUCAUUCACUUCUCAUAUGCUAGAAUAACCCAUUCCGUCUUCUGUAGCGGUUGAUGUGCAAGUAUAACAUCAAAACUUGUG